AUGGAGCGCUCGGAAGGAGGCGAGCAGAGCCAGCAGCAGCAGCCCUGGGGGAAGCUGAUCCGGCUGGGUGCUGAUGAGGCAGAGCCGCACGUCUUGCUGCUGAAAAGAGAAUGGACAAUUGGUCGGAAGAAAGGUUGUGACUUAUCUUUCCCUGGCAACAAGUUGGUGUCUGGAGAUCACUGUAAAAUCAUAGUGGAUGAAGAAUCUGGUCAAGUGUCAUUGGAAGAUACAAGUACAAAUGGAACAGUAAUUAAUAAACUGAAAGUAGUUAAGAAGCAGACAUACCCUUUACAGACGGGGGAUGUGAUCUAUGUUGUUUACAGAAAAAAUGAGCCAGAGAACAAUGUUGCUUAUCUUUAUGAAUCCUUAAACACAAAACAUGAUGCAACUCAAGAACCAGUAGAAGUUAAUGUAGAAAACCAAUGCCAUGUGACCAAAGAUACCUCAAGUACCAGAAAAAGUAAUGAUGAGACCCAAAUUACCUCAUCACUGUCAGCUACUCAGUCUCAUUAUGAGGAACCACAGCCAUCUACUUCUACAUCUAACCUCUUUAAUGCUGCUUCUACCUCUCUUACUGAGUCUGCAUCUGUUCAGCAGGAUAAUCCUUCUACAUCUGGAUCACAAUCCUCAGUUUUCACUCCUGUGCCUGCCUUCCCCGUCUCAGAAUCUGUGUGUUUAAGACCACUGCAUGAUGAAUGUGAAAAGCUGGAUGUGAAUACUGAAACUUCUGCAAUCACUUCAGAAAUCACUGACAAAGAAAGAGCAGAAUCAGAUUCUCAAGGGACAGGGGAGGAGGAAGGUUUGGAACCUGCUAAGAAGAAACUGAAAGGAGAUGAAGAUGCUUGUCCAAAUCUUUCACCACCAGCUCCAAGUGAAUGUAUAAUUAAAAUUGGCUCUGAAGAUGCAAAAACAUCGAAUGUGAAACCAGAUAAGAUGGAAGAAACAUUAACUUGCAUUAUCUGCCAAGAACUGCUGCAUGAUUGUGUAAGCCUGCAGCCUUGUAUGCAUACUUUUUGUGCUGCCUGCUACUCAGGAUGGAUGGAAAGAUCUUCUCUCUGUCCAACUUGUCGUUGUCCAGUAGAACGUAUUUGUAAAAAUCACAUAUUGAACAACUUGGUCGAAGCUUAUCUGAUUCAGCACCCAGAUAAAUGUCGUAACGAAGAUGACAUCCGCAACAUGGAUGCUAGAAACAAAAUUACUCAAGACAUGCUGCAGCCUAAGGUGCGCAGAUCUUUUUCAGAUGAGGAAGGAAGUUCUGAAGACUUGUUGGAAUUGUCAGAUGUAGAUAGUGAAUCUUCAGAUAUCAGCCAACCAUAUAUAGUAUGCAGACAGUGCCCAGGGUAUCGAAGACACUCUGUGCCAACUCUGCCUGGCACAGGCCAAGAGACAGAAGCAGGGGGAAUGCAAGCACUUGGAGAUGCACCAUCUACAUCUGCCAACUUCCCUGCAGCUGUCCAGGAAUAUGUGUGUCCUGCUCAAGGAAGUCAUGUAAUAUGCACCUGCUGCUUUCAGCCAAUGCCUGACCGAAGAGCAGAGCGUGAACAGAAUCCUCAUGUUGCUCCUCAGCAAUGUACAGUUUGUCUGCAACCCUUCUGUCACUUGUACUGGGGCUGCUCUCGGAUGGCAUGCUUUGGCUGCUUGGCACCAUUCUGUGAAAUAAAUCUUGGUGAUAAGUGUUUAGAUGGAGUCCUAAAUAACAACCACUAUGAGUCAGAUAUCCUGAAGGAUUACCUGGCAUCCAGGGGUUUGACAUGGAAAAAUAUGUUAAAUGAAAGUCUCUUAGCUCUUCAAAGAGGAGUUUUUAUGUUGUCAGAUUACAGAGUCACUGGGAACACAGUGCUUUGCUACUGUUGUGGCCUUCGCAGCUUUCGAGAACUUGCCUACCAGUACAGGCAGAAUAUUCCUCUCGCUGAAUUGCCAGUGACUGUCACAUCACGUCCUGAUUGCUACUGGGGGCGCAACUGUCGGACUCAGGUCAAAGCACAUCAUGCCAUGAAAUUCAAUCACAUUUGUGAACAAACACGAUUCAAGAACUGAAUACUUGUAGUCUGUAGAGAGGGGACAAAAACCUGUUACACUGCUUGUACAGUUCUAAGUUUUCAGGGGAUCUUCUCAGUUCCCCCCCAUAGCAGGGAAUCAAUAACUUUUGCAUCAGCUAAUCUGGUGUGAACUUUUUAAUUCGUAGGAUUUUACAGCUGUGCAUCAAUAAGG